CACACUCAGAUUGUGUGCUUCACACACACACUGCGUCCUGUCUGGCUCCUGUCCCCGUUGUCGCAAGGUUAGCCUAAUCACUUUCUCUAUUACCUUUCUGAAGAAGCAGUAUGGAGUUACGUCACACCGGCGCGUAAAAGUGCACGCCAAGCAAAUAAGCCGCUGAGGAGCUAUUUGUAGGCAUUGCUGCCAAACCCGGGUAAGGCUGCUCACUCUUCUGCCAUCAAUGCUUUAACCCUGCUGCAGCACUGGAAGCAGCAUGCAUUACUUUUCUGAUUUAUUCUGGAAUGAUUCUGUUUGGAGAACUUGACCUGGAUCCGUAGAUGACCGGCGGCCGGUGCGCGCAACGACGCAAUUAGAUCCAAUUCAAAAAAUCACAUUCACAGACAGUCGAGCGCGUGAAGGAGCAUGACACGAUGACGAUUCUGCAUGGUUUAGCAGAGAUAUUGUUACUUUAUAUCUUCUCGUUCGUUUAGAUAUUUUCUUCUUCUUCUUCUUCUUUGUGAAUCAUCAUGCCACACUCUCGCAACAGGAACCCAAGUCCGAUCCCAGAGGUGACAUGGGACACGGGGUUGAAAGAGAUGAACGAGACCUGGAAGGGGGCUAUUGCUUGCUUGGGAGUUGCUGUCUUUUUUGUCAUGACAAUUGGGAUCAUUUAUUGGCAAGUUGUGGAUCAGCCCAACAAGAACUGGAUCCUGAAGGGGAGCUUUAGUGGGCUGAUUUGGGAGAGACGGACGCAAACUCUCGUCAUACAGACACUGACUGAGGACAAGACGUUUGCGGAGAUAGACGUGGAGAACGCGGGGAACACCGAUAUUGAGGUUCCGUUCGUGAGGAACAUGUGCUGGCUUAAUAAAACCGAGUUCUGCUACACUUGGGACUCGGUCGCAGAGGUGAAGAUCUCUCUGGAAUCAUCAGAGGAGGACUCAGAGACCGAGUGUUACAGUGUAACCUGGACUCCAAUUCACUGUCAUGUGGACCUGAAGGACUGUUUCUCCAUGGUGAAUAUUUCAUGGUACGGAGGUGCCAGUGUCCGUGCACACAACUGGCCAAUAAACGAUGCCAACAUUUCCAUGCAGCACUUCACAGUCAGCGACCUUAGGGACAACCCUUCUGGCUUCGGGUCAGUUUUAGAACGCUACUUCCUAGGAUCCUCAGGUGUGUCAGUUCUAGUGGCUCCGAACAUCCCACUUCAUGUAGGAAUAGAGAGCAGACAGUUCUGUUUGCAGACACCACCUAGUAUGGAGCGCAUGCCGCUGCAGUACACCGUGUGUGUUGGACACAACAUUCGAGCCGUCCAUCAAGAGUCAAUGCAGCAGCUCUCCACAGCCAGACGAGAACUGCCAAACAUGGAUGUCUUACGGCUGCCUUUCUGGAAGCUUCCAGCAAACGUGGACUCGGGGGCCAAGCUAGAGCGAGAGCUGAGGACCUUCUCAAACCGGCUGAAGCGGCAUCACCUCGGGGAGGGGGUCAUCAGCCUCGACGAACAUUCCACUGCUCUCCUCGCCAACAUGGACCACAGCUACCUCAAUAGCAAAAAAAGGACGUCUAAGAGACAGAAGAGGGACCUCCCUUUUGUGAAGCUUCUAAACAUUUCCAUCACCCUGUCCCCGUACCUGAGCGUGGAUUCGCAGCAGUUCCAGACCUCCAUUCAGGAAGGUAUUGAAGAUUACUGGCUGAGUCUGCCCUCAGGAGCGAAGGGCCGAACGGUGCCUCUUUUGACUCAGUGGAAAGGAAAGUACAGUGUGAAGCUCAACAUCUCCAACCCAGAAGCCACAAAUUGGUUUCUGGACAAAGUGGACAGCUUGCGUAGCCAUUUGGGCAUGGAGUAUGUCAUCCUGGAAGGCGGUGAGGGAAACCCUUUUGAGGAACAAGUCCUACGCCCCCCUCUGGCAUGGGUUGGGGAUGAAUACAUCCGACUCUUGGCCGACCUGGCAGAGAGGAUAGGGGACAAUGCCAUUGUGACCUCAGGAACAAGGUCAAGCCACAAAGCGCUCUUCAUCCGUAUGAGUGCACUGCAGUCAGACUGGAGUUACUCUGGGCUCAAAGGCAUCAUUCCAUCCCUGCUGCAUCACAGUCUUCUGGGAUAUAAUUUCUUCAUUCCUGAUGCAGUAGGAGGUUCGCUCUCUGCUGAACUGGUUGCUGAUGAUGAGCUCUUCAUUCGCUGGCUGGAGAUCGCAGCCUUUCUUCCUGUCAUCAGCUUCCAGACACCUCCAUGGGUCUUUGAGAAGGAAUGGAUCCUUAACCUCACCAGAUUCUACGUAGCCAAGCACCACGACUUUGUCAUUCCUUUGGUACUGAAAUACGCAGAGCAAUGGAAGGAUACCGGAAACCCCAUCUACAGGCCGCUGUGGUGGCUCAGUCCCAACGACCCGAUCACGUUCACCAUUGAUGAUGAGUUUCUUAUUGGAAAUGAGGUCCUUGUUGCUCCAGUUACUGAAAAAGGAGCUUUACAAAGAGACAUUUACCUUCCAGAGAGUGACUUUCAGUGGCAGGACACUAACAAUGCUCAGAUGUUUGACGGAGGGACAUUUCUGGAGAGUUACCCGGUCAGCCUUGGGGACGUGGCAGUGUUUGUACGAUGGAGAUCCUGAGGCUUACUUACCACUUUUUUUCUAUAUUUGAAGAUUUUUGUGCUGAUCUCAAAUUGCACUUUCCAUAAAUACCAUUAUCUGUGUCUCAAGAAAUCUUGAGAUUAUGUAGAAGAUUAUUUGCACUUUAAAUAUCUAUGUUCUCAUGAUUUUUAGAUCCCUCUUGUUUUUCUCUGCUACUUGUUUUGUUAAUUUUAUAAAUUCUGUGGGGACUUUUUACUUCAGGACGCAGUUUACAUUUGAUAGAUUCUUACAGCCUCUUAAAUUGUUAUCAUGACAUGGAACUAGAAAUCAAACCCUUUGCUUAAAAACAAUCAAUGGAAUUUUACGAAGACCAAACAAUCGAAGAAAAAAAAAGACUAAAUUGAGAAAGACUACAAGGAAAAACCAAUGCGCUAAAUGGAUGAAGAUGAAAGUACGCUCAACAUCACUCAUCUUAUCUCAGCUGGGUUUUUAACAGAACUUUGCUGAUUAUUUUACUGUAGUUCUGUAAUGUUUUACCUGUACCUCAAGGUUCUCAUGGUGUUUUUGACAUAUAUUUUCUAACAUAAACUAUGAGAGAAGCACUUACUGAUAGAGAAGACUGAAAUUAAGGGCUUUUAGAGUGAAUCGUACUAUUAUUUUUGUCUACAAAAAAUAUUGAAAAUCAUUAGUAAUAGAAUUAGAAUGAUUAGUAAUAGAAUGUGAGCCAAUGUCAAACAAAACUUUCAUAGCUGUACAGUCUUAUUUAAAUCAACACACAACACAAAGGACAAAUUGCUAUUUUAUAAUGAUGGAUUGUGAGAGAUUUUGAUAUUAUGCUGAUUUUUAAUAAUUAUUUGUCUAGCUUUACAAUUGACCAGAUUAUCCAAUAUGGUAUUUCUAGAUCUUGAGUAAUUCAUAGGACAUUAUUGAAGGUAGAAUUAGAGUUUUGUAUUUAUUUCAGUUCAGACUAAACUUCAUCAUUCAUUGCCUUAACUUUGGAAAUACUUUGAUGACUGCAGUGCCAUUUUUUACAUUUGGUACUUUCGUUUAAAAAUCUUUUUUUUUUUAUUGUGACAAAUUGUUACAAAGAUGAAUUCCGCCAUUACAAAGUAUUUGGGAUAUCGGAUGUGGACUUUUUUAUAGCCUGAGGGCAACAUUUGCCCUGUAGAAUUGUGGUUUAAUGAGUUUGGGCAAAAUACAGAUGCAUUUUAUAAUAAUUUGAUAGAGAUGGUGUAUGGUAAGCUGUUUUAACAUUUAAUCUUUAACCCAGUAUAGUAUAUAGUUUCAUGCUACUAGUGUUUUUUUUUGUUUGUUUUUUUUUUCAGCUAGUAUAUAUUCCAUUAUGUAUUAAUACUGAAAAUGUAAAAAAGAUACUGGCCACUAUUUGAGUACAUUGUAAUCAGAACUGAAUAGUUGAUAUGUUAAUGACAGAUUGCUAUAGUUAAUGUAAAAAGUGUAAAUGUUUUACUAAUAACAAAUAGUUAAUUGUUACUUUUGAAAUAAGUACAAAGUAUCUAAUGAUUAAAAACUAGAAUAUUAAAAAAGUUACUAGUACCUAAAGAAUAAGAACUAGUAGCUAAUGAACAAGUACUAGUAGCAAACUAAUAAGUACUAUUAACUUAUGAGUAAGUACUAGUAGCAAAUGAAUAAGUAACCGAAGAAUAAGCACUAGUAGCUAAUGAAUAAGAAUUAAUAACUAAUAAAUAAGUACUAGCAGUUAAUGAAUAAUCAUUGGUAGCUAGUGAAUAAGUACUAGUAUCUAAUGGAUAAAUACAAGUAACCAAUUAAUAGCUACUAGUAACUAAUGAUUAAGUACUAGAAGAAUUAAAAUAUAUACUAGUAUGUUUUGAGGAUUACAUGUUUAGGCGGCUUGCCAUAUGUGCUGCUACUUUCAUUUAUCUUUUGAGUCUCUAAUGCCUUGACAAGGUCCAAACUCUGAGCAUUGGUCCCCAUGGUAAGACACUAAAUCACAAUAACCUCCUUGUGAAUCUACAGCGCAGCGAGAGAUUGAGAACUUGAUCAGUAUCACCUGAUACGUGUGGCCUACUGGGAAUGUCCUCUUAAUCCUCACUGUGAUUUUGAAUGUUUACUGUAUCCGCAGGUUUCUCAGGUCAAAGAUAUAAAAAUCCAAAAGAAAGAAAAUGUCUUAUGCCCCAGCACACUGUUGAUGUCUUAACCUCUUAAAGCUCUUUUCAUUUGAGCAUUUACAGAGAGACUAAUUGUGAUGAUCUUAUCCAGAGUGUUUUUGAGAGCCUUUUUGCCUGUAUCUUUUUUAUUAAAAUGCUGUGCUAUGAAAAUUAUAUGCUAAAAUGAUCCCUGCUGAGCAAUCUUUGACUUUUUUAGGAACCAGGUGCCGCAAACCAAUCAGAAAUAUGCAUAUUUCACAUGACUGUAUGACAUUCUCUGUAUUCUGUUAAUCUGAAAAAUAGAUGUCAAUCUGCAAUAAAGUUUACAUUUUGUUACUGUUA